AUCUCUGAUGUGAGGGAUUUCAUAAGUUUUGCCGAAAAAUUUCAAUCACAAAUCAAGCAGGCGCACAUAACAAACGUAAUCUGAAUUAAGUAAUAAUGUCGGCAUCGGAUCAAGCACCUAAAAUCAAGUACGGCGAAUCCGCACCAAAGCUAGACAGAGCCCAACUGCAGUUCAUGAAACUGAUUGAGGAGCAAAACCUUGAUCGUGUGCAGAAAUUGAAGCGCGUGCGACGCAAUAACCUCCUCACUGCCGGCGCUUUGGGACUGUCUGUGGUGGCCAUUUACGGCUAUUCGAUAUUCUCGGUGCAGCAGGAGAAGUUCCUCGACGAUUUCGAGGAGCCCAAGAAAGUGACAACCAACUAA